UGUUGAAGUAACGUCAGUUUAAUUCUUUUCAGUUCUAGAAAAAAAGCAGAGUUCCUGUCAGUCGAGUAGGGGAACGCUCUGACACCAUGGGUGUGCUAUCUAGGCUGAUGAGGGGUCUGGUGAGAGGAGCUGACAGGAUGUCUGAGUUCACCAGCAAGCGUGGAUCAAGGACACACAACAAAGGCAGGGGAGCAAGACCCACGGGACUGAAUCUCUCCAGCAGAAAGUUUCUGGCCUUACGAGCCAUGAUUCCUGAGUUUGUCGUACCAAACUUAGAAGGAUUCAAACUCAAACCUUAUGUGUCCUAUCGUGCUCCACGUGGAACAGAGCCUCCUUUGACAGCACAAAUUGUGUUUGAGGAGGUCGUAGCCCCUCAGAUCAAGAAAGACUUUGAAGAGGGCAAUUUCAGCCAAGACAAUCUGGAGAAAUAUGGAUUUGAUCCAACGCAGGAGGGGAAGCUAUUCAAGCUGUAUCCUAAGAACUAUGUGCGUUAAAGGUGCUCUUCAGUUAUGUAUAUACUGUAUAAAACACUGAAAGCUGCAGAUGAACUCAUGGGACACAUUAAGGGUUAAAUCACUCUGCAUUGUGUUGGGCUUACAAAUACAUCUACAACCAAUGGCUGCCCUUUUUUGUUACUUGAUCAUUGUGCAAAAUAAAUCUUUAGUAACUAUGCUCCAUACUGAAAAAUGUGUUGAUUCUUGAAAUUAUUAGUUUUUUGAUCACAUCUUUAUUUCCUGUUUUACAAAACCAAGAGUCCUGUGAUGUUGAAUGAAGAAAAACAAGGACUUUUACAUGUGACAAACCUGUAUUUAAAUGGCACCUACGUAAAUGUAUCACUUCUGUGGACAGUGGCAGCCCAAGCAGAAUCUCUGUGAAUAUAUCUAUGGUUUUUCACACCACCUGGACUCCAAAUUACUCCUGCUAUUUCCUGUUUUACCUUUUGAGAAUAGAAGAAAAAAUAUAGACCUGAAUACUUUAUUAAAUGCAGCAUGGCAUUUUUUCAGUAUGAAAGAAUAUAAACUGUUUUGUGAAAGACAACUGUUCAAGUUGACAAGUUACUGAUAUCACAAAGGUAACAAACAUGAACAUGAGUAGAUCAUUUUGCUUACAACCCCAUCAGAUUCAUAAACCUCAUGCUUAACAAUCUAACUACACAGUUUGUCAUAAAUAUGGGCUCCACAAAUUUUCUUUUCCCAAAUUUACAUUGUAGGGGGAGAUACUGCCCCCUCCAAAAGCAUUGGAACAGUUGGCCCAUUUCCUUUAUUUUCGCUGUAGACUAACAACUUCUGGGUUUGACAUCAAAAGAUGAAUAUGAAACAAUAGAUGAACAUUUCAGCUUUUAUUUCCAGGUAUUUCCAGGUGAGCAAAAGUAUUGGAACAGAUAGACUUAAAACGGAUUAAAGUGAAUAAGAUUUAAUAUCUAGUUGGAAAUCUUUUUCUUGCUGUAACUGCAUCGAGCCUGUGACCCACUGACAUCACCAAACUUGGGGGGUUACUCCCUUCAGUCUCCUUUGUGGUGAUCAAAAUGCAUGCGCUGUAGGGUUCAAGUCUGGAGAUUGACUCAGCCAGUCUAAAACCUUCCUCUUCUUGCCCCUGAUGAACUCCUUUGUUGUGUUGGCAGUGUGUUUUGGGUGCAUCAUGAAAUAUCUCCUAAUCAGUUUGGUCACAUCUUUCUUUAAAUUGGUAGACAAAAUGUUUCUGUAGACUUCAGAGUUCAUUUCUGCUAUCAUCAUGUGUUACAUCAUCAGUGAAGAUUAAUGAGCCUGUCCCAGAAGAAGCCAUGCAAGCCCAAGCCAUGACAUUACCUCCACUGUGCUUCACAGAUGAGCUUGUGUUUGGGAUUAUGAGCAGAUCAUUUCUUUCUACAAACUUUAGUCUUCCCAUCACUUUAGUAAAGGUUUGUCUGUCUCAUCAGUCCAUAAAACUUUGUCCUAGAAUGUUUGAGGCUCGUCUCUGUACUUUUAGGCAAAUUCCAGCCAGGCCUUCCUGUUCUUCUUGCUAAUGAGUGGUUUGCAUCUUCUGGUGUAGCCUCUGUACUUUUGUCUAUGAAGUCUUCUGUGAACAGUAGAUGGUGAUACCUUC